AUGGCGCCCAACGUGAAACCCAAACCGACGGCCCUGAUAUUCAGACUGGCAGAAACAACAACAACAACAGUCGCUGAUAUGGGCGUGACAAAAAGAUAUUCCAUCGAUUUCACCGAUUCACUACAAUUGCAACAGACCCAUCGAAAAUGUCAUCACAGACAAUCUAGUGGGAGGACUGGCGAAAUAACACCAACAGCAGCGGCAACCAUCCUACCACACGAAGUAUACAUUGAGCAAAACAAACAAUCUCUCCCAAAAACAACAGCAACAACAAUCAUCUCAGCACAAAAUCAACAGCACUUUUCGAGGAAAGACCAACGAAAAUCGUUGCACACCACCACCACCGCCACCAUAGCCACCACAAUCAUUCCAAGAGGCCAAGUUAAAGAAGGGCAGAAACGUUGUAGUCCUGCAAAUACGAACGACAUUAGGAAUUUAGAAAGAGAACUUAAAUCGACAGCGGAAAUAUUAGGCAGGCCGGAAACAGACACUCUGUCACUGCAUGGCAAAGUGAAUAAAACGCCACUUAAUCACUUGGCCGCUGUUGGCGGCAGAAAUUCAGCUAAGUGGUGGUGGGGUUCCUUCCAAUUGAAUUGUAGGAAACCUAUAUGGCUAAGCCUGGCGAUUGUCUAUCUGUACUGUCUAUCUUCCUUUGCGAAUUGUCAAAAUCCUUUGAAAAGCUCUGCUUUACCUUUACUUGCCACGACCACAAUUUCACUGGCAACACGGGGGUCGGUACUUGUUGCUGCUGCCUCCGCCUAUGAGCCCAUUAUCAAAUAUGACAUCGUCCACAGGGAGGAUGACGGCAUGACCGUCGAAGACAUUGAUGUCAAUAGCAAUGAACAGCAAUUAUUGGCCUACUAUAAGAAAGCCCAGAAGGAACAUGAGGACGAACUGCGAAGGCAGCGUCAAAUGCAGCAGCAACAACAACAACAACAGCUGCAAUUCAAGCAUCAUCACCAGGAGCGUGAUAUAGAACAUGAAACAUUAAGGCCAGCUUUACAUUUCGAUGAUAUUAUUCCUACGGUCGAUGUUAUAUCCUCGUUAAGUUUAAUUGACGAUUUCCCCAAGCCGAAGAAGAGCACAGCAUCAAAGCGUAGCACAACAAAACGUUCAAGUCCAACACCAGCACCUACUAGUACCCAGAGUUCGGUGGCAAGCACUGUGGCAACGACAACGACGACGGCAAGAAUAACAACAGUUGCAGCAAGUAAAACAACAUCGACGGCAAAAAUAUCAACAACUGCCAUUCCAGAGGAGAAAUGUGAACCGAAAGUAUUGGAUGAAGUACCAGCAGAACCGUAUUACGACUUUGCCGAUAUUGCCGAAGAUGCUGCCCGUAAAUUUGCCGAAUUCUUAUCCGUUCGAUUUCCCACAUCUCCGCCCUCGGUAAUCACCGAUGAAAUACGUGACGAAGUGAGACGUCGUGCCAAUAGCAUUGCCAGCAGUGCCCUCAAUGAGGAUGAACAUUUGUUGGCAUUCGCUUUGGCAGCACCGAGUACCCAUACGGUUGUGGUUAAAUUUAAAGAUAAUGUUACGAUACCGCCCGAUCAGGUGCACAAUCGCGGCUUCUUAGGUUCAUAUUGGCGUGAACUGGGACAUGCCUGGAAUAGCACUGAAGGUUCACAAGAAUGGGGUGCACCAUUUCGAGACUGUAAUUUAUUAGUAAAUCGUUGGUUGUGGCCAUUCAGGAUAUCACUGGUGGAAUCAAAAUUCAAAAUUGUGGCAGCUGCCUUUAUUGCUGCCGAUGAAGAUGUUUGCAACGAUGGUCUGGAACAAAUAUUUGGACGCAAACAUGGUUGCGAUCGCAAUACCACCUUUUGUUUAUUAACGGAAAAUAAACCCGCCGCCACCAGAGAUGUCUACACCUGCAUUUGUCGGGAAUCAUACUAUUUACCCAAUUCCACACUGCAAGGAUUCCGCGGUGAUAUUGUUGAGAUGUCUGAGGGUUUCGACAACUAUUCCUGUAUCCCGUGUCCGGCUGGUUGUUCGAACUGUGAUUCAAAUGGUGUCUGCCUGUUCGGUGAAGAUCAGGAGGCCGUGUCCUUGGAGAGUUUGCUUAAGGUGUCCGUAGGCUCGGUAUUGGGAGCCUGUAUCCUGUGUUGCUUGGUUUUAAGUAUCAUUGUGUUUCGUCAAAGAAAAUGCAAGGCCAUUGCAUCGGGUAUGUGGACGGUGUUGGAAACUAUUUUACUGGGUAUUGUGUUACUCUAUGCAUCGGUUGCCAUCCAUUUCUUCCCUGCCUCCACGGAACGUUGCAUUAUUGAACCAUGGCUGCGUGAGUUGGGUUUCAUUACCUGUUAUGGUGCCAUUAUAUUGAAAUUAUAUCGCCAUUUGGUUGAUUUUCGUACACGAAAGGCACAUCGCUGGGUUCUACGUGACGUCGACUUACUCAAAUAUUUGGGUACAAUGGUAUUUGCGGUGGCCUGUUAUAUGGCGGCAUUCACCGCCUCCUCGUUGGAUCUAUUGAAAAUCGCUAACUUGGAUAGUUUGCGAGAGGUGAACACGAAUACCUGCCAACCCCUCAAUUGGGAAUACGUAACGCAACACAGUGAAAUACUCAUAUUGAUAUUUGGUCUACAUUUAGCCUAUGCCAGUCGCAAUGCCAAUACACAAUUCAGGGAGCGACAAUUUCUGGAAAUAACUCUAAUCAUUGAAUUUGUGGUAUCCUCAAUAUUUUAUAUACUACGAUAUUUAUAUUUACCCGUCAUGAGUCCGAGUGCCAUAUUUUUGGCCCUCUUCAUACGUUCGCAGCUAACCAAUACCAUUGCAUUGGGUUUAAUUUUUGUGCCAAAGUUGUGGUAUCAACACAAACAGGUCCGUUCCCUUGCCCAUGAUCUAUCCUUACGUUUACCUGUGGAUGCUUUCAAGGGUUCUCAUGAUGUUGGUCAACGUCUGGGUGGUGGCUAUGCCGGCCUAUGUUUGGGUGAUCCUGAUAUCGGUGAACUGACAAUAUCGGAAAUGAGUCCUGAAGAUAUACGUGCUGAACUCAAAAGACUGUACACACAAUUAGAAAUAUUGAAAAAUAAAACUUUACGCCAGGAUAAUCCACAUAUCAGCAAAAGACGUGGUGGACGUAAAGCCGGCCAUAGACGUUUCUCUCUACAGAAAAAGGGAAGCAAGGACAAGGCCCUGAGUGCCAAGCAUCGUAGUAAUAAACAUCAUCAAGAUAUUGAAAUUACCGAAGCAGAACCAUCCCGUACCCCAGAGGACUCAGUGUGUAGCAAUGAAGGACCCACAGACACCUACGCAGAAAUAUCCGGCAUUUCACAUUCAAUGUUAAGUCAUUCGGUUGUAUCUCAUUCUAUGGCAUCGCAUAAUAAAUAAA